AUGAUUGAUGAAUAUUCCUAUCAGUUCAAUCCGACGCGAGUUUUUUUCUAUUCUUUCUUCUUACUCUAUAUUGGCUUUUUAGUAUUGCCUGUUCUAGUUCUACCGCUAUAUAUUAGCGUGUUCAGGUCAAAUAGAGAGCGGGAAAGGGAGACUGCUGUGUACCCAAUAACUCUACAUUUUUAUCGGUUGAUUUAUGUGUAUUACAGUGUUUUUAUUUUGGAAUUUGUAGUUUUUCAAGCAGUGCUCAGACAUUAUCCAGCUAGUUUUAAACCAUAUACCAUGGAAAACUUCUCAAUUUCCUAUGCAAUUUUCUUGCUGGCUAUUCUAUUAAUGUUCAACUUGGCCUAUACCCAUCAAGCUCUUUUGUCCCUUUUGGCCCUUCAAAGAUUCCUUUUAUAUUUUUUCCCCGAUCUAGAGUCUCGUAUCAAUUUUGGAAUGAAGAAUACAACAAGAUUGAUUUAUGGAAUACAUUCAUUGUGUCUGCUUCCAUUCCUCUUAUUUUCCAUUCUCACAAGAAUCGCGUUUUGGUUCGGUAGAGCAGAUUUGUACGGUCCAUCAGUGACGACUAAUUUUCUUAAUACACAAAUCACCGUUAUAAUUUUUUUGCCCAUCGCUGUCUCUCGAGGAGUUGUGAGCUUUACAACCGAUUCAAAAAAUGAUGCAAAAACCGAUUUCGACACUUCAUUUAUGUCAUUUCAAUUGGACUUUCUAUCAACCCCAUUAUUGAUUGAGAUACCGUAUCUAUUUUGUAAUCGACGGAACGUGGAGGAAAUGAGAAAACGAUUAUCAUUCAAAUAUUUGUGGUCUAAAAUAUGGAAUCGAAAUAAUCAAGUUGGAGGAAUUGAUAAUAGUGAUAAUCAAAUUUUUAUUGUUCAAUCAACUCAUUCCUAG